AAGAAUCACGAAUCACCAUUCCGGGGAUUCCGGUUUACCUCAAAUUAAAGAAGAAAAUGUAGGCGUCCAACUCUUGCUGUCGUUAUAAGCUCGAUAACCUGACAAUAUGCUGGCGUCAAUCUCAAAAAGCAAAGAUUGAAGACGUUCAUUCAAAAUUCUCCAAACAUGGCUGCAGAGCUGUCCGUAGAUCCUUUGGAUCUAGCUCAAUCUGGCGGAUCUCCAAAACAAAAUUCAACAGAACAACCAAAGACCUGGGAUGUACUACGUCAGAAUGUCCAAGAAAAAAGGAAACUUUUAGUAGCUUUAGUGAGCCAUAUACCAACGUCUUUUUCAUUUCGGGUUGUAGACACUCCAACAGGCCAAAAAACUCGACUUUAUUUUCUAGGUACACCACAAAAAUGUCGAGAAAAUACGUUAAUGUAUGCUGAUUUGCCAAAUGAAAUAAGGGAGGUAACUCCUGUGCUGAACUGUAGGUCUUUAUUAGACUCAUUUCAACCAUCACUUCCAAGUGCGCAAUUGUCUAGAGAGGAACAGUUGAUGAGAGAGAGAAAACGCCUCGGAAUUUUUGGAAUCACGUCCUAUGAUAUGGUUGAAAAUGAAGGAAAAUUUGUUUUUCCAGCAUGCAAUUCACUUUUUGUGUGCAUGGACCGUGAUGUUAUGUCAGAGGAACCUGUACUUCCACGAGCCAUUAAUACCAGUUGUUGUCGAGCUCGACUGGAUCCAAAGAUUUGUCCUCGCAACCCCAACCUCAUCUCUUUUAUCCAUAGCAACGACCUCUGGGUCAGUAAUCUCCAGACAGGACAGGAAUGCAGACUCACGUUUGCUCAUAAAGGAUUGAGUCGUCUAACAGAUGACCCUAUGAGUGCAGGUGUACCCUGUUUCGUAGUUCAAGAGGAAUUUGACCGGUAUACUGGAUACUGGUGGGAGCCAAAGCCAAAAACUUCUAGUAACUUUGAUCAGAUGUCUCGUUAUCGUAUCCUGUAUGAAGAAAUUGAUGAAAGUGGUGUGGAAAUAUUAAAUAUUUUUGCACCAAUGACUGAUACACAAGGGAUUGACGAGUAUCGAUAUCCCAGAGCUGGAACAGACAAUGCUGUGACUGCCCUGAAGCUUGUGGAGUUUGAAGUUGGGAUUGAUGGUCAGAUACAGGACAGUAUGAUAGAGAAGGAACUAUAUGAGCCAUUAUCCACUUUUUUCCCGUGGAUGGAGUACCUGAUUCGUGCUGGCUGGACACCUGACUCAAAAUACGUUUACGUACAGAUCAUGAACAGACAGCAGACACGCUUAGCACUGGUGUUGAUACCACUAGAGUGUUUUAUCCCGGUGACCUCUGAACCAGACAUGGAGCUCAACUACUAUUAUGAAUGCACCAAUAAUUAUCCCCCCUUGCAAGUUAUAUAUGAGGACACAUCCGACAUCUGGGUCAAUGUGCACGACAUCCUCCACUUUUUCCCACAAGAAAAUGUGGAGGAGAUUUCCUUCUUGUGGUCAACAGAACAGACGGGAUACCGACACCUGUACAAGGUGACCUCCAAACUACUUACCUGUGAUAAUCCCUCGCCACGCAGUGCCAUGGAGGUCAUUGACAACAGUCAUGGCCAGCUCAAGGCUGACAUAGCUGAACAGGUGGCCUUGACCUGUGGAGAAUGGGAAAUUCAAGGAAAACAGAUCUGGGUUGAUGAAAAGAGAAGCCUUGUGUAUUUUCUUGGCCAUAAGGAUUCUGUAUUAGAAACUCACUUAUAUGCUGUGUCAUAUUUAUCACCAAAAGAGCCGUAUCUACUGACAGAACUUGGCUACUCUCAUAGUGUCUCCUUUAGCUCCGAAUUGUCUUCAUUUGUGACGGUGUACAGUUCGGUACAACAGACACCAAUCAGUAGUGUCCAUCGUGUCUGUCACCGUGACAACGGUCAGAUGUAUACAGAGACGGUGGGAAUAGUCAUGCCUUCUGUUGCCUGCCCGGAGUAUCAUCCGCCCAGCCUGUUCAGCUAUACCAGUGUGUGUGGACAGACCAUGCAUGGCUUGUACUACAAACCUCAUAACUUCCAGCCACGUGUAAAGUACCCAACAGUCUUGAUGGUGUACGGAGGCCCACAGGUUCAACAGGUCACCAACUCCUUCAAAGGUCUCAGAUUUCUGAGGCAUCACACAUUGGCUUCACAGGGUUACGCUGUGGUUGUUAUCGACGGCCGGGGGUCCAGUCAUCGUGGACUAGACUUUGAAGCCCAUAUUAAGAAAAGACUGGGUACUGUAGAGAUAGAGGACCAGGUAGAGGGACUACAGUGGCUUGCCUCACAGGUGGAUUUUAUAGAUAUGGAGCGAGUGGCCAUUCACGGCUGGUCUUAUGGCGGCUAUCUGUCUCUCCUUGGUUUAGCCCAGAGGCCAGAUAUAUUCAAGGUUGCUAUUGCGGGGGCACCGGUAGUUGACUGGAAACUAUACGACACUGGCUACACAGAACGGUACCUAGACAUCCCAAAGAAUAAUUCCAACGGAUACCAAAAGGGAUCUGUGUUACAUUACAUACAGAGCUUCCCUGAUGAAGAGAAUCGACUGCUGGUGAUCCAUGGAUUAAUUGAUGAGAAUGUUCACUUCCAGCACACUAGUACACUAAUAAAUGCUUUAGUGAAGGCAUGCAAGCCUUACAGCCUCCAGGUGUACCCAAAUGAGCGACAUGGAAUCCGUAACCACGAGUCUGCAGAACACUACAAAACAAUGAUACUGAGUUUUCUUCAGAAUCAUAUAUAGCAGAACUGUCACCUGUUUUCUGUGAAAACUUUUCAUUCUGUUUAGUCUUUAAAGUGUUGCUAUGGAAAAUAUCUUGGUCUUGAAGGUUUUGUUUCGAGAACAGCCCCCAAAUUAAAAAAUGAGAUGAAAUUUGAAUAUCUAGCAUAAAAUGCAUUUUUUGUUUGCAUGUGUGUGUAGGGGGAUG